AUGAGUUUGUCAACAAUCAUAGGAGCUGUAGUAGCACUCGUAGCCGGCUGUUAUUUGCUCGAAGGAUUCAUCUUCUCCAGACGCGAUGCCCAGGAGCCACUUUACAUUCGCCCGCGCAUUCCACUCAUUGGUCACCUCCUCGAUUUCAUGAAGAAGGGACCCCUUUACUUCGACGAUGUAGAAGCCAAAUACCCCCAUCUUGCCAUCUUCUCCCUGCCUAUUUUCUCAUUCAAGUUCUACGUCGUCACGGAUCGACAGGUCUUUGCAGCCGUCCAACGCAAUGCUAAGACCGUGUCCUUCGCGCCUUUCUCCAAGAGAGUGUCAAAAGUCCUGAGUGAUGUCUCGGACCUCACUGUUAGAGCGGUCGACACUUUAUCAGCGGACGAGGAGACGCGCAACUUUGCCCGCCAGGUCCAUCAUAUUGAAGCAACAACGCUGUCAAAUGGCAACUCCCUGGACCGUCUCAACUUGGUGACUUCUCAGGAGAAGCUGAGGCUCGUGGAUGAGCUCGUCUUGGAAUCUUCAAAGGACCCGGUGCAGAUUGAACUGUACGAGUGGGUCCAGCAUCUAGUUACCAUCUCAGCUUCGACUGGCUUCUACGGGCCCAAGAAUCCCUACAAAGACCCCCAGCAUGAGAAGGAUUUCUGGACAUUCAACAGCCAGAUCCCAUCGAUGACAUCCGGCUUGGCCUGGCUCUUUGCUCCCAAGGCGCACAAAGCCCGCAACAAUAAUUCCGUGAGAUAUGAGGACUACGCGCGAGCUGGAGGUUUCGAGACCGCCUCAGACUUUAUAAAGGAGAGGAGUCGUGCCCUCAUCGACAAUGGCUCCCCAGUGGAAGAAGCCGCCCGCAUGAACACCGGCCUUGACGUCGCUCUCAUCAGCAACUAUGCCGGAAUCGCUUUUUGGACAGUCUACCAUGUCCUUUCACACCCGGGUCUCAUCACGGCCGUGAGAGACGAGGUAGAGAAGGCAGUUGUUAGGGGUGAGAACGAGGAGGACUUCACCCUUGACGUAUCCGCCCUUCGAACCUCGUGCCCGCUUCUGGUCUCAACCAUGCAGGAGACACAGCGCUUGAAGACGACACAUUCUAAUAUUAGAGAAGUUAUCAGUGAUACGAAAAUCACCGCGGGAGGCAAAGAUGUUUUACUUAAGAAGGGGAACUAUGUGCAACUUCAUGGCUCUCCUGUCCUGCGCAGCCAAGAAUUAUGGGGUGACGACGCAGACGAAUUCGACCCAUACAGGUUCAUCCGGAUGAAGAAGGACAGCCCACCCGGCGUCGUGCCCCCGAACCAGCUCCCCACCAUGUCCUUCCCCGUCUGGGGCGUGGCGCCGCACGUCUGCCCCGCACGCUUCUACGCGAGCACGGGCGUGAUGGUGCUGGUCGCCCUGGUGGUUCUGAGGCUUGACAUCUCGCCGGCUGGUACGCGGCGGGGUGAUUCUGGUGACGCCGCGUGGCAGGAGCUCGAGGGCGGGUUCAACUUCUCGGCGGUGUCUCGGCCGCAAGGACCGGUGCAUGUGUCGGUGAGGCCGAGGAAAGGUGGUAUGGGGAAAUGGGGAGUGGUCGUGGGGAAGCCAAAUACUAGGCUGCAGUUUUCUGUUGCCUGA